AUGGCCGUGAAGAACGUCAACGUAUUCGUCAGCACCUUCGCUGGACUGGGCUUACCAUCGACAUUGGUCCUACCCGUUCCCUCAACCACGACUCUAUGCGACUUGCGACAACAGCUCGACGAGCGACUGCCCGCAACAGACAACCGCCUCAUCCUGACGACAGUCUCCAACAGAGAGCUGUCAACGUCAUCUACCAAACCAGUCUCAGACCUUCUAUCAUCCAUUGAUGAUGACUUUGUUUCUCUGCGACUAUCAGUGCCGCUCUGCGGUGGCAAAGGUGGUUUCGGAUCCCAGCUUCGAGCCGCUGGCGGUCGCAUGUCCUCCAAGAAGAAGCGCAACCAGGGAGACGCCAACAACUCCAGUCGAAACCUUGACGGGAGACGUUUGCGUACCGUCACCGAAGCCAAGGCUCUGGCUGAGUAUCUCGCUAUAAAGCCAGAGAUGGAGAAGAAGGAGAAAGAAAAGCGUCGCGAAAGAUGGGAGCAGAUUGUCGAGCUUGCAGAGAAGCGCGAGGAUGAGAUCAAGAACGGCAGCAAAGGCCGUCUCGACGGUAAAUGGGUUGAGGACAAGGAAGAAUCCAACGAGAGAACUCGCGAAGCUGUACUUGCUGCCAUGAAAGCCGGAAAGUACAAGGAUAAUCUCCUUGGUAUAUCGCAAGGAUCGACAGGCUCAGAGGAAACAGACGAGGAGAUAAGUGAGGAUGAGAACGAAGAAGGUAGCAGCUCAAAGGAGUCAACGCCGCCAUCAGAAUCGGCAAAGGAGCCUAAGGACAAGCCGAGGACGUUCAUCGGAUUCGACGAGGAUGAUGAGUUUAUGAGUUCUGACGAAGAUGAAGUCAAGGGCAAGAAGAUGUGA